AUGGAAUACUGGGAGAAUAAGAACGGGUUAACAACGAGACGGCGUUGCUACGACCUGCAAUGUCGUUCCACGGAAUACGUGCGACGUCAGACAUUAGUCCAAACUGGCGGGAGCGAAAUGGAAAAGAGGACGCCCGUUCUCGUGCUGGUGGGAACGUUGAAUACGUCUAUACCCGGUGGUCGUCGCGACGACUUUUGCCUUUUAGCUCCGCGAAACUACCAGCAUAGAUGCGGCAAGAAUUUGCUGGGAGUUUCUAAUGGUAUCCCAACAUUUCGCGCCGUUCCGCAAAUCUCGUUCAGGCAUCUCAAUAAUAUUCGCGCACGUAUUUCCAGGCUAAUUAAAUGUACACAAUAUAUUUAUUUUACGGACACAUCUCUGGGAGUUUAUUCACGGGGGUGUGCCCGGGUGGAAUCGACCUGGAUAUAUUUCCUUCUGCUACAGUCAUUCGCGCGACGAGCCAUCUCUCCUUCCGCUUUAAGAGAUCCGCGCGACCAGAUACGCGGCGGGAUAUACGUGAGAUGGAAAGGAUGGGCAGAACACAAGACAGGAAAAGGCUGGACGGAUUCCGCGGGAGGACACACGACGCUGUCAAACCUUCGAUCAAUUUUUCACUCACGUAAUUCCGUCGCUACACAACUUUCCGAUGUACCGUUCGCCAUGCCGAACCUGCUCGCGUCUCCGAGGAGACCCCGCUCGAUCUCGAAACUCCUCCGCAUUCAAACGCAUCCUCGGUUUAUUUUCUCUUAUUUCUCGUCCCGCCGCGCACCGAUUGGGUAGUCGUACGGUAAACAUAGUACGAUUGAUUGGUAAGAGGAAAAAUUGCGGUGGAAACAAGAAGUACAAUGUGGCUCUUGAGCGAUCAUGGGAUUUCUUUUCGCAAACUUGCGAUCUCAGAUGAGAAAGAUGAUCGUUUACAAUUUUUAUGAGACUUCUUUUUCUACGAUUGGCGGAUUACCUUCUGCUGCAUAAAAAGUAAAUAACAUUCAAAUUAAACAUAUUCGUCUUUUUUUGUUCAUAAUAAUUUCCUUCUCGCGGUGCUUUUUGCGAGAGUGACGUUGCCCGAGUUAAUCCACGGAGGUGUAUCAGUUUUAUGGCCGUAUUUAAUUUACUGCAAUACGUCGAGAGCAUUAUCGCUCUUCCUAUAGUUAAUAACUGCAUUUUCUGUGCACUCGCGAUCCUUUGUUACUUUUCGCACACGCUCGUCUCUCUCUCUUUUUGCUGUAUUAAUGUAGAUGGAAGUAUAUAUAUGUCGGGUCGGCUAUAUGAUGUUGCAAGGUGUCGCUAAUAGACGCUAAAUACAAUUUGCUGAUAGCGCUGCACGACCGAGCCACCUUCGGAGGAGCAGAUUUUAGCCGGAGUAGAAUAUUAAUUAACGUUGCACGAUUCUAUUAAAAUAGCGUACUGUCUGAAGGAUACACCCAUUUAUCGUUAAUAGGCUAUUUAGCGCGACACGUGGAGUUUACCCAGUAUCGUCACUCUUUAAUGUUGCAAUUUUGCCGAGUGAACAAACGUGUUAUAGCCGUGAUAAGCACGAGAACUCGCGACCUGACUGACGUACAUAUGUAUGUAUGAAAGAAUGAAGUAAACCAUCACACGAGACACAAAGGGAUUGUACAAAAUGGCGCGGACUGUUAUCGUAGCUCACUGUUCGUUCCAGUUGCUCCGGCUCAACUUCUGGUUCGCAAUAUUAACCCUCACUAAAGUCUGUGACUGCUCCAAGCGCUGAUUGAUUGCGAAAUUGAUCACGCAAAAAACCGCACUCACGCAUUGCCGCAAUAAAUCACAUGGCCGAAUGAAUCGUGUGGACAUAAUCUUCCUCCAUCUUUAUCUUCCCUCCUUUCUUUCGUCCCCUCUUACUCGCACGUUGUAGCCCUUAAUGUGCAAAAACGAGGAAAUAGCUCGAAAGCGGCCAGUAGGAUGACAGUUGAGGAGGGCUGCCGCGAUCCGGGGAUUCGCCUGAGACAUUUCUCCUCUCCGCAAAAAAAUCUGAGAGAACGACAGUGGGGCACGUUUCGAGAUAAAUUAUGCGUUUAGUGUAAAUCCUUGAAAUUAAACGGAAUGUGCAUGUGGAUGUGGUAUAUUUGAAUUUUAACGCCUGGUCCAUCUACCGCCGAUUGAUCAAUGAUCUAAUAAAUAGCAAAAAAUAAUCUGGAAAUUUAAUUAAAAAAUUUUAAAUAAAUGUUGCCUUUUACGCGAACUCCACGCAGUCAUAAUUGUCAUAAUUUAUUAACGUAGAAUAAUAAUAAUUUUGCCUUUUAGAGUAGCCUUCUCACACGUCGCGACGAUUAACAAUUGUGCCUUCUAAACGGAAGCUGUUUUGUUUCAACGGUACGUUAUAGCUUAGAAAAUCCAAACCACAUUCUUCUAAAAUAAACGUUCCCGGAGAACAGAAUUUUCUCGUAAAUUCUGCUCUUUGUGAAGUUAUGUAGCGAGCAUUUCGCGUGAAAUAAAUUAAAUACACGCAGACAUUUUUUCACCGAGUACAAACAAGGUUUUUUCUGCAGUUUGCCGUUUUUAUCCUUCCUUUUUUCGGCGAAAUUAACGUUUCUUCCCUCAUAUAAGACGCAUAAGCGGACGCAGUCUUGCAGGAUGUUCUAUCCCCGUGGUGCAUGUCAAGUGUAUGUAUGCAAUCAGUUCAUACUCAGAUUAACCCGAGUGGUAAUUUAGCAGUCUACGAGUGAAUCAUGAGAGUGAGAUUUACUUGCCUUCACAUGUACUCAUUAGCAUGCACACCUACAUGCAUAUUUUAUACACUGAAGGUAUAUGCAAGUUUCUCUGCCGAGGUUUCAUGCUUCGCCAGCAGUAAAAUGUAAUUUUUAGUUCGUGUGGUAUGCGAUCAAAUCUUUUCCAUCGUUACAAGUACAGCACAAAUAGUAUUUACAGCUAUAACUGAGUUAUCCAGCAAAUCAAGCGUUUCGAUGCUCUCAUCGAGAAAAAUUAUGUCCCGAAUUGAUCGAGCAAUGUGCCGGUAAUUCGUUUGGUUUAAGAGAGCAUUUUUAGACGCAUAUGACUGUCUCUCUUUCUCUCUGUGUGUGUGUGUGUGUGUGUGUGUGUGUGUGUGUGUGUGUGUCUGUGUACGACACGAGCAUUAAAAUCUUUAGUAGAUCUUGUAUAUGAAAUGAUCAAUGAUGUUUCUGUACUGGCAAUCGAUCAAUGUUUCACGAUGCAAAAAUACGAAAUUUUUCGCUGUUUACCGAAAUGGUUUCGCUAUUGAUCGCGUCUGGUAACAGCAGUUAUUCGGUCAGUAAAUAAAGUCUCGCCGACGAUAUUCUGAGAUGAACAAAAUCCUCGAGGGGAGUGAAUUUUCGUCGGUGCGCUUCUUCGCGAACAAAGCCACUGUAUUUAUACGUACGUAUCUACAUGGCAUUUCUUCUGCCCAACUUUGGCUCGGAGCAGUCUUGUAUCGUAACACACGAGCAGUCAUCCGUGUAUAAUUCAACAUAGGAGAUAGACCGUCCAAAAAAUAUCAAUAGCCGAUGCCGUUAUUCAGACUUAAAGCUGAUUUUGUGAUUUUGUGUUCGCUCCGUUUUCUUUCAUUUCGUCGACAUGUAAAUUAGCAAAAUUGUUUUCUAUGAUUUUUAAUCUUUGAAGAAUGUUUCCUCUUUUAAAAAUAGAUAUUACAAUAUAUACGGUAAAAUAAAAAGUGUCUUAUUUUUUAUUUCAUAAUUUUUAGAUGAUUUUAAAAAGCGAAAUUCACAUACAAUAUUUAAAUUCAAACGGAAGCUACGGGUGAACGUCGUUGAAAUAAUUUACAACAUCAAAAAUGUUCUUUAAUGGCUCCUGAAAAAAAUGGUUCGUGUUGUUCUUUUAUGAAGACUAAUCUUUUUCUCGAAAUAAUAAAUAACUUGUUUUACAGAGGCAGUUCAAGAUUUAUAUGCGCUAUAUUAGUUCGGAUAUUACUCAAGUGGAUCUUUCUGCCAAUAGAUGACAGCACCUUAUGAGACCACAAACCAUAGGGACAUGUACUUUAGUAAACUAAAAUAUAUAUACGUGCCAGGGGAGGAAUAUCCGGUACAAAUGGUACCGUAGGAAAUCUAGCAGAAAAGAAAUUAAAGAAACAUAAAAUAAAGUAACAGUAACAUAAACUAUAAUAAAACAGACAUUUCGUUUGCUCUUAUUCGUGCAUUUAAAAAGAUCAAUUGCGACAGUAUCCUAAACUUUUUAAAGAAGUCGUCAAUAUGUAUGAUAAAUAAGAGAAAUUGCAAUAUAUGCAAUGACUAUAAUUUUAUUUGAACUUUUAAUAUACAUUCACAUUAUUAUCCUAAUUCUCAAAAAUAGCUGUGUAUUUGCAAAUUGUUUACUUCAUAGUUAUUAAGUAGAUUGUAAAUUUUUUAAAUAUUUUCGUACGUUCCAAAUUCUAAGAUAUUUACUAAUCAAGAAUUAAUCGAUAGACACGAACAAUUUUUACAAGGUAUAUAAAAUGUAAUUUUUAAUGAAAUAAAAUGUAUAUUGCAAUGUGAAUCAAUGUAUUUACAAAACAAUCAGUGUUAAAUUUGUGCCUAAGUAUAUGCAAAUCUAAACAAAUUUGUUUUUAAAUCUUCACAUUACUGAGCAGAGGGUAAAUCCGAUUCAAAACUAGUUCCCAUGUCAAUGAAACCAAUAUAACCUAUAUUAGGAAAAUUGUUCUUAUUUGUGACAAACAAAAGUAUUUCCUAGCUAUAGAGACACUAAAACUGAGAAUAAAACUAUCAGCAAAGGCGUACGAAAGUUGAGCGUAACUUUGAUCAAAGGCACCGUAUAAUCCAACAUUGAAUACUGUCUGAUAAUUUGCGUAAAAUUGCCAGGCAAACCCGCGGGGCUUUACAUCCGUUGUAGCAGAAAUUGACGCGUAAAGGUAGACGCGCGCAAUAGGUCC